GCACCCGCCACCAUGUAGACCAUGCUCCUACGAGCACAAUAGAGUUCCUUUAGAACCUCAACUCCCAACUCAUAAGCAAAUUCCUUUAGAACCUCUUGAACCUCUAAAACCUCUCAUACGCAAAUUCGUCACUCAUACGCAAAUUGCAGAAGCUCGAAUUGCAGAUAUGUUGCAAUGGAUGGGAGGUUCAAGACGGAAGGUUACAACUUCUAGGAAGUCAACCCAAAAGAGGCAAAAGCAAUACUUUGAUCAAAGGAAACAACAGCAAUGGCAGCAAGACGCUGCAUUUAUAGAGAAUAAUGUUGACGGUUCAGUCACAUGUGAUCAACCAAAGAGAAACCGGUCGCUGGAUAUCUUGAGUCUUCUCAACGUUUCAAAUGUUGUAGAAGAAUGCAAGCCCUUACAUGAGAGUUCUUCAAGUACAACCAACAAAGCCACUUGUGGGACCUCUGCUGAAGAUGUGGACUCAAAAGGUCACAUGAGGAAGUCGAGCAGCCAUGCCUUUUCAGUGAGCUACCAUACCUCUACCAGUAGUCCAAUUUUGAUGACAAAUGAACAGACUGCAUCAGAGAGUACUGUGCCUUCUGGUUCAAGGGUCCCAUCAUUACAACAAAUGGGAAGAUUGUCCUCAAAACAGUCCGUAGUUCAUUGCACUGGGGAAGAUACUUUAAACAGAAAAAGUAUGGAGGCAGACCACUUAGAGAGUGCUUCCUCAUUCCAACCCUCCAUCUUUGAUAUAAUUGGUGAUGCUGGAGCAGUUGGUACCUCAGAAGGAGAACAAGUACAGGAAGCUCAUGUCGCAUUUUCCAUUGAAGGCUUAGGUAAAGUAGGGACAAAAACACCUAUGCAGUCGCCUCAGCAUCCUGGAAGUCUACUGAAUGGAAAACCGUCCUCAUUUACAAGGGCUGCUAAAACUUAUAACUCUUGCAAAAUCUUCAAUACAAUGCUGGAUGAAGUUGAAAUGGAAGUGGAAUGCUUGAUGCAGGAUGAUGAAAAACCAUCUCGUCAUAAUCGCCUAUCAGGAGACAUACUUUAUCCAUCUAGUAGUACAGAGCAUGAUUUAUCAACAUUCAAAGAUGGCAUGCAACUUGACAGAAAGCAAUGGGAGAUGAGCUCUUUUUAUGAUGAAGAUAGACUUGAUAAAAUCUGGGAUGGUAUAGGUAGCUCUCCUUGUUCGAACGACUAUCAGGUUGAUGAGAAAUGUGGAAUGACUUGUGAUGAGUAUGAUGCUACUAAUAACUAUUCUACCUGGAUAAAAGAUACAUCAAAUUAUAAGUUUGAGAGGUGUCUCUCACAGUCACUGCCGAGAUGGCCAGAGAAAAUUCCUGAUAGUUUUUACAAUUUAGAUAGAGAUUGCCAUCUGCCAUCAUUUGAUGAACCCAAAUACCCUUCGUUUCUACACAACUAUAGUCAACAAGACCGCUUCUCGCUUAAGAAACUGGACGACACAAGGACUAACUUGACCUCAUUUAGUGGAGAAUCUUACUCAUCCGCUGCAGUGGGGAGUGCAAGGACUGCUGAUAUGCCAUCUGCAAGACAAAGAUUGAGAUAUGGCAAAGAUCUGAACAUGCUAUCAAAGUCAAAUGAAAAAGAGGAUUAUGAAGGUGGAAUGUGGAACACAAUGCCCCCCACGUUGAGACGAGGACAGAAAUACAAGUUGUCUAGGAAACAUACGAGAUCUGGUUCAUCACACUUGAAAUCUGCUGUAUCUUUACAGGCUGCUGUCAAUGAAUAUGAUGGCUAUUGCCUGUUUGAAGAAGAGUCCCCAUUGCACAAAAUGAAUUCACAUUCCGGGUCUUUCUUCUCACCAUUUGAGGAAAAUCAACAUAUGAGGAGACAAGGUUCCUUUGGCCCUAAUACAAAAGCUAAUUUUCAUAGAUCUAAAUGCUCUUUUGAGAGUUCUGAGAAAGAUACUUUUCAUGAGUUUUCAUCAGAAAAUUUUGCAUUCCACCAACCAUUCUGUUCAAAACAAUCUUGUAAUAACUCUUUUAUCGCGAAAACUGAUUAUGGGGAAAACUCACCGGGUGCAUGUGACUUUGAAAUCCAUGUUCCGUCCUCGAACUCUUCUGAAGUAUUUGGAGACACUGAAUCUGCAUUUUCAGCUCCAGAAUUGUCAGCACAGGGAAGUGUUACUGAGGAAGGGGGAGAUACGACGAAGAACCAGCCACCAUGUCCUGAAAAACUCAUCCAAGUUUCUACUGAAUACAAGUAUACGGCACCGGAAAGCAGGUUGCCUACUCGAGAAGCAAGUUCAAAGGACUAUGAUAGAUCUGAAGAUGGUCUCUCUCAAGAAGUAAUCGCACAUGCUUCAGAAACAGAUGCAGAUAAUGAGCUGAACUCUCCUACUAAAGAGACGAACGGCAAUAUACCAGUUCUGUGUGAACAGAAGGUCAAAGUGUGUUUGAAUACUGAUGGUUAUUUUGAGGGAGACAACGAUGCUUUUGGUAACAAUCUAAAAGGACCUGAACCAAAGCCCUUGCUGAUUGAUCCAUGUUACCAACUUAUGACAGUUGAAAGGUAUGUUUUGAAACUUUUCGGUGUGCCAAAGGGAAAAGCUGCUGUCUGGAAUGCUGUGAAGCUCUUCUGAUGUAUAUGUACAUUGUAGACACUUGGUUUAAUGCAUUAGAUUUCUAAUCAUGUCUUCCCUGUCGAACUCAACUCAUUGAUAUGUAAUACUGUGAAAACUGAAAACUAUUGAUGAGUGAUGACAAUAUGACGUUAUUGUGUGAAA